AUGUCAACAACAAAGCCAACAGAGGAGCAACAUGAGUUCCAGGUGAAACCUGACAGUAAAUGUCAUGAGCUGGAACAAAAUGCUUUGUAUCAGAUAUAUGCGUCCAAGAGUCCGGAAUGGCAUCAGACUAUGACCCGGCGUCUGCUUCGCAAAGUUGACUUCCAUCUCUUGCCCUUUCUUAUCUUGAUGUAUCUUUUGAACUUCUUGGACCGAAACAACUUAUCGCAAGCUCGUCUAGGCUCAUUGGAAGCAGACCUAGGUAUGCACGGUACCGAUUACAACCUCGCAACAAGCAUCUUGUUUGUUGGGUAUCUUUUGAUGCAGUUGCCUUCCAACUUGCUGCUGACUCGAGUUCGACCCUCUUUGUUUUUGGGAAUUGCAAUGGCCAUUUGGGGUGUGAUCUCAGCUUGUCAGGCAGCCAUUCAGUCAUUUUCAGGCCUGAUUGUCACGCGAUUCUUCCUUGGAUUUGUCGAGGCGCCUUUCUUUCCCGGUGCUGUCAUGCUGAUGUCGAGUUGGUAUACCCGCCAGGAGCUGAGCCACCGUAUUGCGUGGUUCUACUCAGGAAGCUCAUUGGCAAAUGCAUUCGGCGGUCUCAUCGGAGCGGGCGUCCUGGGUCAUCUUGAUGGUGCGCAUGGAAUUGCCGGAUGGAGAUGGCUUUUCAUCAUCGAGGGUUCUAUCACGAUUGGAAUAUCUCUUUUGGCGGCGUGGGUAUUGUUUGAGUUGAUCUCCUUGCUCGCUGAACUGACUCCCUAUAGUAUCUUUCUCCCAAACUAUCCCGCUUCUACAUCCUGGUUGGACGACGAAGAACAGGCCUAUGCCCAAUGGCGUCUAAUGCAUGACGCCGGUGAGGCUGACGAAGUUGGCACUACCAGCAUCAAAGAGACUUUGGCUUUGGUCUUUGCCGACAAGCGCAUCUACCUCUUUAUUCUACUGCAACAUACCUCGCUUCUGUCGCAGAAUUUCCAAUACUUCUUCCCGACCAUUGUGCAGACACUUGGAUACGGCAACAUCGAGACUCUUCUGAUCACUGCGCCCGUAUGGAUUGCCACAUUCCUAGUUUCACUGCUCGUGACAUGGACAUCCGGGAAAACAAACGACCGCAGUCUGCACAUUGUCGCCUUGAUGAUCGUGAGUGGAGUGGGUGGUAUCAUCAUCACUGCGAGUGAUAAUGUUGGAGCUAAGUUCUUCGCCAUGUUCCUUAUGCCCAUGGGGGCCGUCUCGGCAUAUCAAAUCAUCAUUGCUUGGGUGGCUAAUUCCUUCCCUCGGCCGCUGGUUAAACGCUCAGCUGCCAUCGCUGUUGCAAAUAUGAUUGGAAAUACAGCUUCGAUUUAUGGCAGCUAUAUGUGGCCUUCAUCUUCGGGGCCUAGAUACAUUCCGGGGGGCAGUGCCACCGCUGCGAUAGCGUUCUUUGUUGUCUUGGUGGCCCUUGUCAUUCGCUUCAUCCAUAUACACAUGAACAAGCGAUUGGAGGAGACAGGUGUAUCGCGAGAUGUUUCUUCCUCGAAUACGACCGAUCUAGAAAUGCGUGCUGGUGGAUUCCGGUAUAUCUUAUGA